GCACCCUGUCCGAGUUUGUGCGAGAGAUGAAUUGUAACUAUUAGACUACUUUAAGGCACAUGCAGUCAAAGUUUUGGGAUGUAUUUGAAUAUAAAUUUAUAUGUAGAAACUUGUUUAAUGGCAAAAACUACGAUAAAUGCUACACAUAGUUCUAGACUGUUUCAUACAAAAUGUUUGUCAACUAAACAGCAGUUGGUUAGUCCUAAUAUCUGUUGAAACAGUAUCAUGAAUCAUGCCCUCAAGUUCCCAUCCAGCUUACUACUCUGAUCCACAUAGUGUAUUACCCCAAGAAUCCAUAUCGAUGCAAACCUAUUACUAUAAGAACAAUAUUCCCGUAUCCGGUCUGGGUCCAAACCCAUCUACGGCUGCUCCCCGUGCACCAGCGCUCCCUCAACAAACAUCCCUAAACACCAAUCAUUUGGGUGUUCCUGGAUCGCGUUUAGUAUCCCAAUCACCUCAUACUGGUCAUCCAUAUGCAAAUUUCCGAAAUAGUCAAUCAAAUAAUCUUCCUAAUAACCAAGAUGUAAUGUCGAUUUCAAUGCACGCCUCGUCCAAUUAUUAUUAUUGGCCUUCUGGAACUACGCCUGGACCUAACAUUACGCCAUACAACUACAGUGACGUUUCGUCACAUACAUAUGCAACCCCUACACCAGUAUCCAAACCAAACAACAAUACAGCUAGUUAUCUUAACCCUAAUAAAAAUGGUUUGACUAACAAAAAUAAUCCAAACAAUCGGCCCUCUCAACAGUUAAAGACUACAACAUCUAAUUCAAGUGGUAGGCCGUUAUGGAAAGAUCGACCCCAUGUUGGGAAAUAUAGCUUAAUUCAAACUAUUGGUAAGGGAAACUUUGCAAAGGUCAAACUUGCCCAGCACCUAACAACUGGAAUGAAGGUUGCGGUCAAGGUAAUCGACAAAACAUUGUUAAAUCAUUCGAGUCUGCAAAAGCUUUUUCGUGAAGUUCGUGUUUUAAAAAGCCUCAAUCAUCCGAAUAUAAUUAAAUUGUUGGAGGUUAUUGAAUCUGAAAAACAUUUAUAUUUGGUCAUGGAAUAUGCUAGUGGAGGUGAAGUAUUUGAUUAUCUUGUUUCACAUGGGAAAAUGAAUGAAAAAGAUGCACGUUGUAAAUUUCGUCAAAUUGUAUCGGCUGUACAAUAUUGUCAUCAAAAAAUGAUUGUUCAUCGUGAUUUAAAAGCUGAAAAUUUAUUACUCGAUGCAGAAUUGAAUAUAAAAAUUGCAGAUUUUGGAUUUUCAAAUUAUUUUUCAAAUUCACAAAAAUUGGAUACAUUUUGUGGUAGUCCACCGUAUGCUGCACCGGAAUUGUUUUUAGGACGGAAAUAUGAAGGUCCUGAAGUUGAUGUAUGGUCAUUAGGUGUAAUUUUGUAUACAUUGGUUAGUGGUACAUUACCAUUUGAUGGAAAAAAUUUAAAAGAAUUACGUGAACGUGUACUACGUGGUACUUAUCGAGUGCCUUAUUAUAUGACACAUGAAUGUGAAAUGUUAUUGAAAAAAAUGUUGGUUCUUAAUCCAUCUAAACGUAUUUCACUACAGGAAGUAAUGAAUGACCCAUGGAUGAAUCAGGGUUAUGAACACAAUAUACUUAAACCUCACACUGAAGAGCCGGCAGAUUAUUGUGAUCCUGAACGCAUUGAUAUUAUGAUUCGUAUGGGUUUCAAACGGGAGGAUAUUCACGACUCUUUAACCCAACAACGAUUUAAUAACAUUACUGCUACAUAUUUGCUAUUAGCACGUUAUGAUUCACGUGUUCAUGGUCGGUUACGAGGUUUACCUAGUACAUCUACUACUAGUUUAAAGUCAGAUAAUCAAUCAGUGCGUUCACGUCAAACACCAGAAACACAGUCUAGUACGCCAAACACUUCGAGAUCACAGUUUUACAAUUCACCAUCACAUAACAGUUUAGGUAUGCCAUCAGCCACUAUUUCUGGUCCAGUAACUCAACAUUCACUAACAAAUGGCGUUACCAAUCGUAUUACUGAUUCAUUUAGUUUAAAUAACAAGCAUGCACCUGCUGUUUCUCGUACUAACAAAGAUACAACUUCUGUUACUACUACAAUAACAUCCGAAAGUUUACAUACAGACACCUAUGUGAAUGCGACUCCGUCUACGACAAACUCAAAUUCAAAUCAUAGUACUCGCGGUUUUACAAGUUCGGUGCGCAGAUCUGUUACUGUUUCCGGGCCAUCAGAUUCAGCUCCUUUAUCAGGUGUGUUAUUAAAAUCGCCGGUACUUCCUACAUUAACUACUCUUUCAUCUUCAGCAUCACAGAGUGCAUCAUACACUCCACCGUCUCAAGCACCACCAUCUGAUAAUUCUCAUCAGAUACCUGCAACCCAACCGUCAGUUAUUACUCUUCAUCCCGUUGCUGUUACUGCUCAUUUAACACUUGCUAAUAUGUCCAACGGACCGUCAUGUUCUAUUCCAUUAAACUCCAAUUCAGUACCACCAUUAGUGACAUCAUUUACUCGGCAUAACUCUCGUCCAAGAGCUGCUACUCGAUCAUUUUCUAUUCAACCACAAACUAUUGCACCGUUAGCACUAGAUGAAGAAGAAAUUGGCAAUUCAACAAAAAAUCGACGAACUCGUAGUAGAAAAUCACCGUCUGUUGAAAAUAAAUUAAACAAUUGUACAAAUGGCUUAGUAAAAGAAUUAUCAAUUUCUUCAACAAGUUCUGAAGAUGCAGCAUCUGAUGAUAAUGAUUUAUACGAUAAAGAUUCUGAUUCUGUAUCACAGGGUUCUGUUAAAUUAUCUCGUUCUUCGAAUAAAUCACAUAAAAGUAAACAUUUUUAUCGUACACAUAAAAAUCACAAUUCUGCAUUAGUAACAACAACAACAACAACAGCUUCAACAGGAAUCACAAUGACACCGACAUGUGUCACUUUAGCUGCUGCUCCUACCACAAAUUUUAAUAAUAAAGGCUAUUCAUUUUUUCCAAAUGAAAAAGAGACCUCAGUCAAUGGUAGUACUGAAGAGACAGCAACAAUGAAUCACGUACAGCAUCGAGAAACAUCUCAAUUUAAUCGUGCUACCCCGGUUCGACGCAAAUCAAUUAGUACAACAAGACCUAGCUGUUUGACCAACACUACAUUGACAGUGAAUGCAAAUUCAUCACCGCUCAAUAAUUACUCCUCAAUUUCUGCCAAUAACGAUAGGGAAACUACAACUAGCUCCACUGUUUCUUAUAAAAAUUCAAUUACUUCAACAGUAGCAAAUCGUGUCAAUUUAUUUAACAAUGAAUUCAAUAAGAAUAACACAUCUUUAGAUAUCGAAUCAAAGAGUCUAACUAAAGAACAAAAUCAGCCAAGUAUUUAUCCUAAACCGCGAACAAUGUUUCGUUAUCCCCCCAAUGCUGCAGAUAUACUAAAUGAAUCUAAUCCAUUUCGAUUGGUCAAUGACAUAUCAGUAACUGAGUCAUCAAUCUCACCACCAGCUAUUCCACCACAUGGCUCUCGUUUACCUGGACAAAUGAAUUCUCCAACAGUUAAACAAUUCAAUGAUAAUAUGAAUACAAAUCAGACUAAUCAAUUUUCAGGAGUAGUGACAAACACAAGUACAACUAACAGUAGUAUUGCUCCAAUCAACUCGUUCGGUGCUACAAUAAGGCGUCCUACAGCACCUGUCCCACAAACUACUGUUGCUCCUAAUUCAACUGCUUCUAUUAAUCCAGCAACACGUACAUCUUAUGCUUAUCAUUCAUUAAGAUUACCAUCUCAUACAACUACUAAUAAUUCUACUAAUGAAAUUCUCUUGCAUCAUCAACUUGGUCGCGCAAACAAUCAAUUAGUCCGUCCAUCGGUUACCUCCCUUUGGUCCAAUGGUGUUAGCGAAAUCGGCUCAAAUCAGUUAUCUUCAAAUCCUCCUUAUGCAUCUAGUUCUGCAGAGGCUACAACAAUCCUUCCAUUUAGUCGUAAUCUACCAGAACGGUCAACAAUUCAGCAUGUGCCGACAGGAAGAGCUAGAGAACGUCUUGAAGGAACAUCCGGUCGUCCGCGACUUGUUCGCCACCCUGGAACACAAAGUAUUGCCCACCAAACUAAUGAGUCUCAUUCUCGUACAUCAGGCAGUAGUUCAAAUUUCGCUACUCCACGACCUAACAGUCCUGAUCUGUCAAUAUCUUCCGAAGCUUCAUCUGUUUCCACUUUAAGUCAUCACGAUGAUCGAACUGAUUAUGAUGAAGAAUCUCCAACACCAGAAAAUGAAAAACACGUGGAUGCUAACCAUAGAAGCCAUACUAUCGGACCAUCUGUCCAACAAUUCACUCGAAACUUUUCUGUUCGCCCUUCAGGUAAUCGGUUGGAGCACGAAUCAAUUCACAAUAAUUCAAAUACUAAUGGAGGUAUCAACAAUUUUUUUCGUACCCUAACAACUCGCAUAUCUAGUAGUAAAUUGUUUAGAAGGUCUGCUGUACUUCAACCCGGUUUUUUGUCCACUUCUCCAGAGAAUAAGAUAUCUAAUUUGAGUGACACAAAAGAUUCCGAUGUGAGAAUAGCACCAACAAUGGAACUUGAAAAACUUGCAGUUGCAUGCGGUAGUCCUCCACCAGAAACAUGUCAUAAAAACAGUUCUAUAAGACUUCCACGAAGUCGAAGUGGAGUUACUCCACAUCGGGUCACACCUCAGGGAUCUCGAAGGCUAACUGAUUUUAAUACAGAUACUGUUGACGAACGUUUAAAUCGAAAAAAUGUAGACGCAACUGAGACUCUGAAUCGGAGAAGAAAUAAAAAUGAAAUGAAUUUAGAUGGCACUGGAUCUAUAAAUCGAAGACACAGUCCAUUCUCCCGAGACUCUCGAUCUCAGUCAACACACCGUUCAUCCUCACGACAUGAUGAUCUUAACAAUUCAAAACAUACACCUCCACCAGUCCCAGCUCGUGGUGCAGUUGGGAUACCUUGCUCAGGUCAGAAUAAGUCUCCUUCGCCGGGAAAUGAUAAUUCACUAUCAAAUAACGGUAUGCGUGAUAUCACUCUUGGACGAACACGUAGUUUGCGGUUCAUGUUUCGCACUGAAACUGCUAGUCGACACCAAAUAGAUGAAAUGAUGCUGGAUAUAAAACGGGUCCUAACUAACAAUAAUAUCGACUUUGAGCAAGUUGGUGAUCUAAAAUUGCAGUGUGUUUACGGUGACCCUUCACGUGGUUGCCAAAUACCAAAUUUGACAAGUCAAAACCAAACUUCUAAAAGCGGUAACAGAUUAUCUCGCUUGACUGAUAGAACAGAACAUGGUGUUGUACAUUGGGAAAUGGAAAUCUGUAAGCUUAAUCGAGCUGGAGCAAACGGCGUACGAUUUAGAAGAAUUAGUGGAUCAACAUCUGAUUUCAAACAUAUAGCAAAUAAACUUGCCUCUGAUUUAGAAAUUUAAUUGAAACGCAUAUAUAUAUAUAUAUAUAUAUAUAUAUAUAUAGGAAUUAUUGCAUUUCUUUUCAAGUAGCUAUCGUUCGGGUGAUAAUCAGCCCAUUUGCUGUGUAUGUUCCAGUUUUGUUUUGUAUGUACAUUUAAUACUUUAAUUUUUAUGUAACUGUGUUCAGCUAUCAAUAUAAUUUGAUUGCAUGAAUGAUGAUCACUCAUUUUUUCUUUUGCCAUCUCUUCCAAAUCUAUAUAUGAUAUAUCAACCGCUUGAUACUCUUCUCUUUUAUUCUCAAUCACUUGCAAACAAUGAAGUUCAUCUUGUGCCUGUAUGUUGCAACACUGUUAUAUUGUAUUCGCAUUUUCUUUUCUCUUCUGUAACUGUGUGAGUUGAUUCGGGAUCCUAUUGAUUUAAAAAUUCAAAUUUAUUGCUGAUUGUAUACCAUAAAUUAUAAAUGAUCGUAAGGCAACUUUUUAUCCUAUAUCAUUUGGACUGUAGCAUAGAUUGUGAGCGUAUAUUUGUUUUAAUGGUUAGCGGACAAUUAUUUCUUAAAUGUUAUACACUUUCAUUUGGUUUAUUGUAAUUGUGUAUUUUCUUCUAAUUCACUUUACUAUUCUAUCUUUAGCGGAAAUAAUGGCAAGUAAAAUUUAAAAAAAGACCAUUUUAAGCUAAAUAACAUUUAAAUUUAUUGUAGAAUCAUGAAGAAGAAUAAUAAUAAUAAUAGGAAGUAGAUGACUUGUAUCUUUAAAUCAAUUGUCAAGCCAGAAAAAAAAAUGAUAUCUGAUUUUCGUUAAAUUUUUUUUUAGUUCAUUUUCUUUUUCUCGUUAUUCCUAUUAAUCGGUUCCUUUUUCUUGUUUCUUUUUGUGGGUUUAUGCAUGAUAUUUGCUUACUGGUUACUGAAGGGUUUUUAUUGUUUUAACUUUUUAACUAGAAUUGAUCUUUUGUUUUUUUGUCUGUUCUUAUAUGCAUACCUUUAUCCACCUACAUAAUCAUUUACAAAUGAACGUAAAUUACAGCAGAUAAAUUAGCUCAUAAUAAUAAUAAUAAUUUUGAAAUCAACUUGA